AUGAGUACAGAGAGCCAAGGGAGCAAGCAGAGAGGGGGCAGAGGAGGGGUAGAGAGAGGGAGCAGAGAGGCAGGGAGCGGCAGGAAAGCAGUGAGUUCGCAAAAUAGAGGAGAGGUGGGGGGACUGGCAGCAGGUGCGAAGCUUGGGGGAGUGGAAGAGGAGGAAGGGGGGGAAGGGGGAGAGGAGGGGACGAAUAGGGUGGCUGGAAGGGGGAGGGUGAGUGAGGGGGGAAGAGGGUCGGAACGAGAGAGGCAGUCAGAGGGGCUAAGUAAAGGUGUCGACACCAGCAGAGAUCUUAUGAGAGACAGGGUAAAGCGGGUGGGCACUAAAGGGAAGAAAAAGGCCGGGGCUAGAGGUUCGGGCGUGGCGGAUAUCUUCCCAGACGAAGCAGGUCCGGGAGAGGGAGGUUCGGCCCGAGCCGCACCUCGGGAGGUCCGGUUUGCGGAUUUUGGAGGCAUUGACGGGGUGGUGGAGCAGGUUCGGGAGCUGAUUCUGUACCCGCUGGCGCAUCCGGAGCUGUAUGCUUGGCUCGGCGUCGAGCCUCCAAGAGGGGUGUUGCUCCACGGACCUCCUGGGUGUGGCAAGACGAUGCUGGCCCAUGCGAUUGCACGGGAAGCAGGAGUGCCGUUCUUCAAGAUCGCUGCUCCUGAAAUCGUCUCUGGCAUGUCAGGAGUGUUGCUCCACGGACCUCCUGGGUGUGGCAAGACGAUGCUGGCCCAUGCCAUUGCACGUGAAGCUGGAGUGCCGUUCUUUAAGAUCGCUGCCCCAGAGAUUGUCUCGGGCAUGUCAGGUGAGUCCGAGGCCAAGCUACGGUCGCUCUUUGCCUCGGCUGAGAGGGCUGCCCCAGCGAUUCUGUUCAUUGAUGAAAUCGAUGCCAUCACCCCCAAGAGGGAGACGGCACAGCGGGAGAUGGAGAGGAGGAUUGUGGCUCAGCUGCUGACGUGUCUGGACGACCUCCAGUCAUCUCCUGACACGUCAGCAGGUGGGGAGGGUGGGGAGAAGGCAGGGGAUGAGAGAGAGGAGAAGGCAGGGGAUGAGAGAGAGAAGGAGCAGGAGGAGAGGGAGGGAGAGAGGAAGGAGAGGGAGAGGGAGAAGAGGAGGAAGUUGAAAGGGCAUGUGGUUGUGAUAGGAGCAACGAACCGUCCAGAUUCAUUGGAUCCUGCUUUGAGGCGGGCGGGCAGAUUUGAUCGCGAGAUCGCCCUCGGGAUCCCCGAUGAGUCAGCGCGGGCCCGGAUCCUGGAGGUACUUUCCAGGAAGCUGCGGCUGGAGGGGUCAUUUGAUUUCGGGGUUAUUGCGCGGCGUACCCCUGGGUUUGUCGGGGCGGAUCUGGCGGCUCUUGCGAAAGAAGCAGCGGCGAUUGCGGUGAGGAGGAUUUUUACGAACGUCUCAAGAAACGCAUGGUAUGGUAUGACUUCUGAGACGUCUCAAGAAAGAAGCGCAUGGUAUGGUAUGACUUUUGAGACGUCUCAAGAAAGAAACGCAUGGUAUGGUAUGACUUUUGAGACGUCUCAAGAAAGAAACGCAUGGUAUGGUAUGACUUUUGAGACGUCUCAAGAAAGAAACGCAUGGUAUGACGUCUCAAGAAACGCAUGGUAUGGUAUGACUUUUGAGACGUCUCAAGAAAGAAACGCAUGGUAUGGUAUGACUUUUGAGACGUCUCAAGAAAGAAACGCAUGGUAUGGUAUGACUUUUGAGACGUCUCAAGAAAGAAGCGCAUGGUAUGGUAUGACUUUUGAGACGUCUCAAGAAAGAAACGCAUGGUAUGGUAUGACUUUUGAGACGUCUCAAGAAAGAAACGCAUGGUAUGGUAUGACUUUUGAGACGUCUCAAGAAAGAAACGCAUGGUAUGGUAUGACUUUUGAGACGUCUCAAGAAAGAAACGCAUGGUAUGGUAUGACUUUUGAGACGUCUCAAGAAAGAAGCGCAUGGUAUGGUAUGACUUUUGAGACGUCUCAAGAAAGAAAUGCAUGGUAUGGUAUGACUUUUGAGAUGUCUCAAGAAAGAAACGCAUGGUAUGGUAUGACUUUUGAGACGUCUCAAGAAACGCAUGGUAUGACGUCUCAAGAAAGAAGCGCAUGGUAUGGUAUGACUUUUGAGACGUCUCAAGAAAGAAACGCAUGGUAUGGUAUGACUUUUGAGACGUCUCAAGAAAGAAACGCAUGGUAUGGUAUGACUUUUGAGACGUCUCAAGAAAGAAACGCAUGGUAUGGUAUGACUUUUGAGACGUCUCAAGAAAGAAACGCAUGGUAUGGUAUGACUUUUGAGACGUCUCAAGAAAGAAAUGCAUGGUAUGGUAUGACUUUUGAGAUGUCUCAAGAAAGAAACGCAUGGUAUGGUAUGACUUUUGAGACGUCUCAAGAAACGCAUGGUAUGAAUCGCACUCAUCAUUCUCUACCCCUCUCCACCACCAAACCCUCCCUUCCCCUCUUGCAGGCAGCAAUGGCCAAGGUAGAGCCGAGCGCCAAGAGUGAGGGAUUCACCACCAUCCCUGGCGUCACCUGGGACAACGUGGGGGCUCUGGGGGAUGACGCAGACCUCUUUUAUUCCCUCUCACCACUCUCUGCCACUCUCUGCCGCUCUGUACCCCUCUCUACCAUGCAGGCAGCAGUGUCCCAGGCUGCAGUGGCGAAGGUGCAACCGAGUGCCAAGAGGGAGGGCUUCACCACCAUACCUGGAGUCACCUGGGACGACGUGGGGGCUCUGGCAGACGUGAGGGAGGAGCUUGAGUUCUCAAUCUCCCGGCCGAUCAAAUACCCAGAGGAGUAUGAGGCCAUGGGGCUCCGGGCAGCAACAGGCAUUCUCCUCUACGGCCCUCCCGGGUGUGGCAAGACUUUGGUGGCCAAGGCCAUUGCCAACGAUGCUGGGGCGAAUUUCAUAUCCAUCAAGGGCCCAGAGCUGCUGAACAAGUACGUGGGGGAGAGCGAGCGGUCAGUGCGGCAGCUGUUUGUGCGGGCAAGAGCAUCAUCGCCCUGUGUGCUUUUCUUUGACGAGAUGGAUGCAAUGGCUCCCAGGAGAGGGUCGGAUGGCAAUGGGGCAGCAGAGAGAGUGGUCAACCAGCUUCUAACGGAGAUGGAUGGGCUUGAGUCUCGCAAGAGUGUCUACAUCAUCGCUGCCACCAACAGGCCUGACAUGAUCGACCCGGCACUCCUCCGUCCCGGUCGCCUCGACAAGCUUCUUUUCAUCCCGCUGCCUGACGCGCCCCGCACUCAUCUUAAUGACUCCUACUCUCCUCUCUACCCAUCCUCUCUCCUCCUUCAGGUGACUUUUGAGUCGACUCAAAAGCCACUUAGCUGCACUCAUCGUAAUGACUCCUACUCUCCUCUCUACCCAUCCUCUCUCCUCGUUCAGGUGACUUUUGAGUCGACUCAAAAGUCACUUAGCUGCACUCAUCUUAAUGACUCCUACUCUCCUCUCCGCCCAUCCUCUCUCCUCCUUCAGGUGCGAGAGGCGUGUGUGACAGCACUGCGGGAGCGCAUGUCCAAUCGGCGCACAGAUGAGGAAUCAGCUCAGCUUCUCCUUGCUGCUUCUGCUCCUGCGACUGCCGCCGCCGCUGCUGCUGCUGCUGCUGCUGCUGCUGCUGCUGCCGCUGCUUCUGCUCCUCCUCUUGCUACGUCGACUGCUGCCGCUCCUGUCGCCCCUGCUGCCUCGUUGGACAAGGGACUGCAGCCUCGGCACGGACCUGUAGUGGAGGCUCGGCAUUUCAAGAAGGCACUGACCCGAAUCGUGCCUUCUGUUUCUCCUCAGGUGGGCUUGUGGGCUUGUGGCUUUUUAGGCGUGUUCGCUUGA